CUUUUUUUUUUGAGUUGUCAGGUACAAGGUUCGCUUGUCACAACUGUUGAUUCUAUAAAGGAGGUAAAAAAGUAAACCUGCCUCACAACCUGCGAAAUUAAGCUUGUGUGAAUUUUUUCGUCAAACCUGUAGCUAAUACAUCCAAUAUGGCUUAUUGCGGACCAACAUCUUACAAACCAGUUGCAGAAUGGAGACAAUCAUCUGGAGGUAGCGUCCCUCCCAAUGCCAUUGAAGUUGGUUAUGAUGGUGGAAAUGUUAUCUACGUAGCCAGAGCUCACCAUCAAGGAGAUAACAUUCCAGGAAAAUUGGUUCCAGCCCAUGGUUCCUGUUACGUUGCAUGGGGUGGUGAUGAGCACGCAUACCAACAAUACGAAGUUUUGACUGCCCCAUAUGGAAUAACCUUGGAGUGGAGAUUCGCAUCAGGUUCUGACAUCCCCCCUGGCGCCAUUCAAGGAGGCAACACAGUUGACGGAGAACCCCUGUUCAUUGGACGCGUUAACCACGAUGGGGCUAUGUGCAGUGGCAAAGUUCAUCCCAGUCAUGGAGUACUGUACGUUUCGUACGCAGGCGGAGAGCACCCACACGACAGUUACGAGGUUCUCGUAGUCAAGAGUGUCACAUUUUAGCUCCGUUUUUCAUGGCAUCAAAUAUAAUUGAAUAAAAUCAUUCACAAAUCAA